CGGACCCUAUUAUGGCGGGAAUUUGUUGUUACGGUAACAGGUAAACAAAAUGGCGUCGUGCACUGAGCUUUAUGUCAACAAUUUCGAUUUUGUCGUGUAAUUAUAUCUUGCAGACACAAAAAUGGAUGGGAAGAAAAGAGGGAAGAGGGCUAAAGGCAGUGUAGCACCUGAUGAAAAUGGAUUUGCUAACAGUUCCUUUGAGCUUCAUUUGGAUUCAGAUCAUAAUUUGAAAAACAACAGUAAAAUGCUAAACACAUUUAGAAGUAAGGUAGAUGAAGCAAAUAAAAAGAAAAAUGCACUGGCUGCAAUUGUUGAAGCAAAGAAAGGGGCACACAAAUGGAGACAAUAUUGUGCAUCAAAAAGAACUAUCACAAAGACAAAACAAGCAUUAUUAAAGAAAAUUGAGAAAAGUGGGAAUACAGAAGAUGAGGAAAAUCAACCAGGAAAUAAAGGUCAAGGUCUAGAUGCCAUUGACCCCCAAGUCCUGGAUUCUAUAAAUAUUGGCCAUGGAAAGAAGAAAAACAGCACCAUGAUUGCAUCACAGACAAAGGCAUUGUUUGAUCAUUUUAAAGAACUUGGACGGUCCAAAAAUGCUGAUGCUGUAGUCGACCUAGAAUUCAUAUCAAGUUUACUAAGAAAUGGUGCCAAUAUAAACUGCUCAGACAGGCAUGGACAGACAUUAUUACAUGAGGUUGCACGAAUGUGGCAUGUAGAUAUAGCCCAAUUUUUACUAGAUGAAGGUGCAGAUAUAAACCACCCUGACCACCUUGGUAGGACGCCAUUACAUGUAGCAGCAGCUGUUGAUUAUCCAGAAAUGUGUGAAGUUUUGAUUGAAAGGGGAGCUGUAAAAGAAGCUAAAACUAAAGGAGAGCUGCAGACACCUGUCCAUUUUGCAGCCAAAAAUGAUGCAGCCAAAUCUUUAAAGACUCUGAUUAAAAGGGGCUGCUUGUUUGAUGGUAAAGAUGUAUUAGAUUACAGAAAAAGAACACCUCUAUAUGUUGCUUCACAAUUGGAUAGAAGUGAAAGUGCUCAGAUUUUACUAAAUAACAAAGCAUCUGCUACAACACGAGAUGUCAGUGGACAAAUUUGUCUGUCUUGGAUGAUUGUUAAAAUGCCUCCAGUGGCGCAAGAUGCUUUAAGCCAGUUUUGGACAUGUGACAGGCCUAACAGGAAGCAGUACUUUGAUUUACAUCACAUGGUUCAGGAUAAAAAAGUUGACAAAGACCUUGUAGCUGUUACUCCUUUAGGAGCAGCAGUCAACUAUAAACAGUAUGAUUUAUUGAUGAAUAAAACAUUUAUAAAACUGAUUAACACACAGUGGGUUAAAUUUGCAAGAUGGAGAGCAUGGUUGAAUUUAUUCCUGAAUUUUGUGUACAUCCUUUUAUGGUCAUUAAUUGGUAUCUUCAUAGAAUUUGAUGAACGACACAUAUAUACCAUGCCAGAUCAUUGGUAUAGAGUUGUAUUGUGGGUUGCUGCAGUAGGAUUUACAGCUUGGCAAAUAAUAGAAGAAGUUUUAGAAUAUAAAAGAUCUCUUCGGAAAAACUAUCUAUGGGAAUCAACACGCUCAAAAGAAAUUGAUGCAGACUUGCAGUUUUGCCAUGAACGAUGGCCUGAAGAGAGACUCUUUCUUCUAUCAGAAAAAGAGGACCUAAAGGAAAAAGGACCAUCUUACUUCACAGAUUUUUGGAACAUAUUUGAUUGGACAUGUUAUUUGUUUCUAAUGGUGUGUAUUGCCACUCACAUAGCUGAUGUCGUGGACCACAAAACAAGUGUAGCAAGAGCACACAUAAGACUGAUGGCAGUCACUAUCAUAUUACUAUGGCUCAGGCUCAUGAAAAAUGUCAGAUGCUUUUCUUUACUUGGUCCAUUUAUAGUAAUGUUAACACACAUGUUAAAAGAUCUGGUUAGAUUUACAUUCCUUUACCUGGAAUUCUACAUCCCAUUUGUGUUUGCAUUCUACAUGAUAUUUGGUGGAGAUAAAGUAGCUUAUUCAGGAAAUGGUGCUGUAAAAGCUGAUAAUAUUACUGUGUCAGGAUACGAAGACUUCAACAGCGCCCUCUUCAGUUUGUUUAGAUUAACUAUGGUGGAUGAUUAUGAUUUUGAUAAUAUGUUAACAGUUGAUCCUUUAAUGGCCAGACUAUUGGUUGGUCUUUGGUUAGCCCUGUCAGCUGUUUUAUGUCUCAAUCUCUUCAUAGCCUUGUUAUCAGACACAUUUCAAAGAGUAUAUGAUAAUGCCCAGGCAAAUGCUAUGAUGCAGAAAGCUCAGUCCAUCAUUAGUUUCUGGGAAGGCAUGUCUCACAAUAGUAGAGAUAAAUUUCUCACCUAUAUAACUGAUGAUUGUUCACCUCUCAAACAAUAUUAUGAUGAUGAUAUGACAGAUGCUGAUGGAGAGGAUCUGACAAAGGUCACAAUUCAGAUAAAGGAACAAUUGGAUGAUUUAGAAGAGAAAUGGAGUGAAAACUUUAAGCCAUCCGGUCAAAAGGAUGAAGAUUCAGAAUCUAAUGGUCAGACCGUCUCUGUAGAGAAGUUUGAGAAUGAGGUAGAGGUUUUACGUGAAGGUAUCCGAGACCUAUCACUCAGACAGGAUGACAUGAUGGAUUCUGUUAAAGCUAUAAAGAGAUUACUACUCAGAAUGACUGGACAAGAUGACUCAGAAGAUGAUGAUGAUGGAGAUGAAGGGGGAGAUGAUGAUUCACCUCCAAGAAGGUCAAAGCCUAGAUCUAAGCCAAAAAAGAAAGGAGGCCAGAGACGAAGUAGGACGCCAUCUUCAGUGGUUGAUGGAAGUGCAUGGGAGGUAACCCGUACAUCAGGUGUCUCAACGCCACAAGUAUGGAGUACUGGACCAGUGGUAGAUGUAUCAACACCUAGAUUUACAUCAAGUGGUCAGGAUCCUACUACAGAAUGUUAAUACUCAGUCAAACAUUUCUAUCUGUCAAAGAAAGAGACUUUCAUGCCAUAAAGACAUCAAAAUAGAUACAUGUAUUUCGUAGUAAUGAAAUUAGCUUAUUGGUCACAGCCCUCUACUAAAGAGCUUUUUACAGACAUGGAAUUGUGGCCAAUAGUAACUACAAGUUCUGUAGAGCCAGGAAAUAAGAUUAAUUGAUUACUUGCAGUAUACAUGCAGUUUAUUAACAUUUAUGUCUUUUAUAUAGAUUAGUUUUUAUUGAUAAUGUUAUACUUGUUUUAGAAUUUCAUGCAAAUUGAUAUUGAUAUCAAGAUUUUUUACAAACAGUAAAUAAUUAAAAAUAGAUUUGUUAGCUAUUUCUAUAUUAACAUAGCUUUGAUCCGUCCUUAGCAGAAGCAAUGUAUUUAUUAAAAAUCAAACUAAAUGUUUGAAGAAACUUUUGUGAUAGAGAAAACUUUAGAUAUAAAAACAUAGUGUUGAUUUGUCCAUUGCAGAAGCAAUGUAUUUGUUGAAAAUCAUGAUGGAAGAAAAGAUAGAUAUAGUGCCAAUAUUGAUAAAUGUAUAUAAUCACCAUAACUCUUUGUAGAUAGUCAUCUGUUCUGGUAGAAGUUGGUGCUAUAGAAUUUAGUUUUCCAUUUAAUUUUAUAUUUUAGACAAAUUAAGUUACAUGAGAUGUUUUUACCACAUAAAGAAAAUCGUUCAAUGGUACAGACCCCCAUUAGGUGGUGCAAAUAGAGGUUUUAUAUGAAAAAGUCAUAUAGGUCUUCCUGAACAUGCAUGAAAUAUUUGCCAAUGUUAAGCAUGCAACAAUCAAUAAACAAGGUUAAUUUGAUAUUUCCUAUGAAAACUUAGGAAAUUUUGAUAGAAAGAUUGAAUGGCAUAAAGAAAUGAUAUCUUUUGUUCUUAAUCAAUUUGUAUUACAGCAGAAGGUAGAGAAAAAUAAAAUUUUUGAUUUCUAGAAUAUAAAUCGAAUGAUUUAAUUUGACUUUAAUUGCUAUUGUAGUUAAGGUUAAUAUAUUUUUAAUUUGUCAUUAAAGGUGUAUAUUUUUAGCAAUAAAGAAUGUACUUUAUUUUGUACAAACUAAUAAUCAUUUGAGCUAUACUAAUCAUAGUUUUUCUAUAGGUAUGUGCAUUUGCAAUACAAUGUUAUUCAGAACUAAAAUGCUUUUUAUUGGAUAUCUUUACGGUUUAUGACAACAAAAAGAAAAUGACUUUUAAAUGGGUUUUUUAUAUUUCUGCUAUUGACUUGCUGUCUCUAAUUUGUUUUAUAUUUAUUAUCAAUCUUAUAUUGUACAAAUCUCUAAUGUUUGAUAAUGUGAUAUCCUUUUUACAUGGUGUCUUUCUGUAUUUUAAUGGUUGUUAUAUAUACUUUAAUUUGUUCAUAAUUUAUUGAUACAUUUUGAUAGAAAUAUAUUUAUUUUAUGUUUGUUCAUACACUUUGUUUCCUCCGCAUGACUAUAUUUUUCCCCCCGAAUGUGGUCUAUUUAUAAACUACAUAGUUUUACUAAUAACAUUCCAAACAUACCAUUUUACUCUAAUAUUUAUUUUUUAAAUAAUGAACAAAUAUUAAACUUUUUUUUUAUCAAUCUCUAAGAAACCUAUUUACUGUUAAAGUAAACUGAAAUUUUCUUAAAUUUUGAGAUUUUCAGAAUGUUAAAUUUAGUGUUUCUUACUACUGAUGCAUAAGUUCCAAAUAUAGGUGGUGUUAUGUAUGACAAAACUGUAGAUGGAUUUUCUAUAUUUAUAUUGAUAACAAUUAAGCAGUGUUUAUUUAUUCCUAUAUAUUUAAGCAUAAUAAAGGAAUGACCGAAUUCUCUACAAGUGUAACACUAAUCAUACAAUUUGCAAUAUAUAUAGAGCUGCUAGAUUCAUGCUGGAUAAAUCAACAAACAUAUAAAACAUGAAACAUGGUUUAAACAAACUAAGUUUGAAAGGCAAAAUCAAAAUAUGAAUAUAAAAAGUAAUUAUAGAGUGUGAUAUGCAAAGAAACAGAUAUAUCAAACGUUCAUUUAAUAUUGCAUGAACAUUGAUAUUUUCUUUUAAUUUUGUUUUUAUCAUUUUUUUUAAAUGAUACUUUAGUCUGCUAGUUCAGCAGUUGAUUGGUUGAUUUUAUACCAGAAAACUUUGAAUCUGACAGAAAAAAAUAUUUUCAGUCCUGAUCUUUGAAUAUUUUGAUAGAAUGUAAGCCAUUAACUUUGAAUAUUUUUGAUAGCAAGGAAUUUAUCUAUGUAUUUUUAUAUCCAAUUCAGAGUUUCUACAUUGAUUGCCAUUAUGAUUUUUUUUAAACUGCAUGUCUAAAUAGAGUAUCUGCAAAGUGUUUAUAACAUAUAAACAGAUUCUAUUUUCAAUACUUUUCUGUACUGUGCCUUGCCAUUCUGAAUAUCUGCAAUCCUAACUAUUAUUUACUUUCCAAUUGCAAUAUGUGAUAGUAUGAUAGAAUAAAGCCUUCAUACACUUGA